AUCGAGGAGGGCUUAUCACCCUGUUCUCCUUCAGAAGCCCUUGCGCACUUCGCUCAUUCUCCUGAAGAAAUGGAUUCCAAUCUUCAAGAAAACCUAACCGGAGAGACCAAAUCCGCAGAGGAACAAGACGCACUCGCCAUUGUCCCCUCUUCUUCUUCUUCUCUACCCAUCGCUUCAAUCUCUCUCUCCUUCUCCACCUUCUUCCCCAGCUACACCCAGUUUUUCCUUCACCCUAGAUUUUCUCAGUUAUUUCCUCACCAUCCAAACAAGGUCAAAAUCCCUACCCAAGCCUCUUCUCUCACCCAUCUCUCUCUUUCCACCGCUCCUCCUCCUCCUCCUUCCAGAAUCUCCUUCAACUCCACCGUCGCCGCCAAUCCUCUGCAGUCUCCUCUAUCCCUCGGCCCUCGCCGCCCCGUCGAUCCUUCCUCCGCCGCAGCUCUUCGCCGCGCCUCCGUCGUCUGGUUCCGCAAUGACCUCCGCGUCCACGACAACGAAUGCCUCAGCUCCGCCAACGAUGAGUGCGUCUCCGUUUUGCCCGUUUACUGCUUCGACCCAAGAGACUAUGUCAAAUCCUCGUCUGGGUUCGACAAAACAGGGCCUUUUCGCGCCCAGUUCCUGAUCGAAUCCGUCUCCGACCUCCGGAAGAAUCUCCAAGCGAGAGGGUCGGAUCUCGUUGUCCGUGUCGGGAAGCCAGAGUCCGUUCUGGUGGAAUUGGCCAAGGAGGUUGGAGCAGACGCUAUUUACGCUCACCGGGAAGUGUCGCACGAUGAGGUUAAAGCGGAGGAGAGGAUAGAAGCGGCGAUGAAGGAGGAAGGCGUGGAAGUGAAGUACUUCUGGGGAAGCACUCUGUAUCACAUGGACGAUUUACCGUUCAAAUUAGGCGAAAUGCCGGCGAAUUACGGAGCAUUUAGGGACAAAGUCAAGGGAUUGGAGAUUCGAAAAACUAUGGCUGCUCUUGAUCAGUUGAAAGGCUUGCCCUCUCGCGGGGACGUAGAGCCCGGCGAUAUUCCUUCUCUGGUGGAUCUCGGGAUUAAUCCAAGCGCUAGAACGAGUCAGGAGGGGAAACCGGCAAGGGUAGGAGGAGAGACAGAGGCAUUGAAUAGGAUACAGAGCUUCGCAGCAGAGUGUCAGGCUCGAUCAAACAAGGCUAAGCAGAAGGACAACAGUAACAGUGUGUAUGGCUCAAACUUCUCGUGCAAGAUAUCACCAUGGUUGGCCAUGGGAUGCAUCUCUCCUCGUUCCAUGUUCGAUGAGCUGAAGAAAACCGUCGCAAGCACUACCUCUGCCGUAACUUCAAAGAAAGGAUCAUCAGGAGACAUUGGACUCAACUGGUUGAUGUACGAGUUGCUGUGGAGGGAUUUCUUCAGGUUUAUCACUAAGAAGUACAGCUCGGCUAAGAGACAGGUCGAAGCUGCUGUUCAUGCAACAGCUUGUGCUGGUGCCCUUGCUUGAUUAAACAAACACCCUCACUAAGUGAGAAGAGUCUCUGGUUCUUGUCUUGUUGUGGCCGUGGCCCGUGGGACAUGAGACCCUCUCCUUUGGGCAGAAGGUUUAUUACAGAAUAAAAUAUAAUACAUUGAAAAUCUUGUCAUUCCCCGUUCUGCUUUUGUACCGUCAUUGGAUGCUAUCAAGUGUCUGCAAGCAAGAGGCAAAAAUUUGCCUUCGGAGAACAUUUUCUAUGUAACCCUCCAGUUGCAUCUCAAUUAUUGAAUAUCACUGAGUAAGUU